UACUCUACUUAUUAUAGCCUGCCAUAUCCCUGUUUGAUUGAACGUAGCCAAUUGUACCAAAUACACUAGACUUCUACCUUUCCUUCUUCGCUACAUUCUCCGCUGAAGAAAAGAGGCAAAAAAAAGCUUGACAAAAUGAGAACAUUUCUGUGCUUUUUUCUUUUACUAGUACUAUUGUUCGCUCCUUGCAGUGGAUACAGUGAUCUUGAAGUCCUCUUGAAGCUGAAAACCUCCAUGUAUGGACAUAAUGGCACUGGCCUUCAAGAUUGGGUGGCUUCUCCAGCAUCUCCCACAGCUCACUGUUACUUCUCUGGAGUCACGUGUGAUGAGGACUCGCGUGUGGUGUCUCUAAACGUGUCGUUUAGACAUCUUCCUGGUUCAAUUCCUCCAGAUAUUGGGCUGUUGAACAAGCUUGUGAAUCUUACUCUGUCAGGUAAUAAUCUCACGGGGGGAUUUCCAGUGGAGAUAGCCAUGCUGACAUCUCUCAGGAUUUUGAAUAUUUCCAACAAUGUUAUUGCUGGGAAUUUCCCCGGAAAAAUCACUCUUGGCAUGGCACUGCUUGAGGUUCUUGAUGUUUACAACAAUAAUUUUACGGGUGCAUUGCCAACUGAAAUUGUAAAGCUGAAAAAUCUCAAGCAUGUUCAUCUUGGAGGGAAUUUCUUUUCUGGUACAAUACCGGAGGAGUACUCGGAGAUUUUGAGCUUGGAGUACUUGGGCUUGAAUGGUAAUGCGCUUUCAGGCAAAGUACCUUCAAGCUUGUCCAGGUUGAAGAAUCUUAAGAGCUUGUGCGUUGGGUACUUUAACCGUUAUGAGGGGAGUAUUCCACCUGAAUUUGGGUCAUUAAGUAAUCUUGAACUUCUUGACAUGGCUUCCUGUAACCUUGACGGUGAGAUUCCUUCCGCUUUAAGUCAAUUAACCCAUCUGCAUUCGUUGUUUCUUCAAGUCAAUAAUCUCACUGGCCAUAUCCCUCCUGAAUUAUCUGGUCUAAUUAGCUUGAAAUCACUGGAUCUUUCGAUAAACAACCUCACUGGGGAGAUACCAGAGAGUUUUUCAGAUUUGAAAAACAUAGAACUGAUCAAUCUCUUUCAAAACAAGCUGCACGGUCCAAUCCCAGAAUUUUUUGGUGAUUUUCCGAACCUUGAGGUGCUUCAGGUUUGGGGCAACAACUUCACUUUUGAGCUUCCUCAAAAUCUUGGCCGGAAUGGGAAGCUGAUGAUGCUGGAUGUGUCUAUUAAUCACUUAACUGGAUUGGUCCCGCGGGAUUUAUGCAAAGGAGGGAAAUUGACGACGUUGAUUCUCAUGAACAAUUUCUUCCUUGGAUCGCUUCCUGAUGAAAUUGGCCAGUGCAAGUCCUUGCUCAAAAUCCGAAUAAUGAAUAAUAUGUUUUCAGGAACUAUCCCUGCUGGGAUAUUUAAUUUGCCUUUGGCGACACUUGUUGAGUUGAGCAAUAACCUUUUCUCUGGCGAGCUUCCACCAGAGAUUUCAGGAGAUGCACUAGGCCUUUUAUCAGUUUCUAACAAUCGGAUCACAGGUAAAAUCCCGCCUGCUAUUGGGAAUCUGAAGAACUUGCAGACUCUGUCACUGGACACGAACAGACUUUCUGGUGAAAUUCCUGAAGAAAUCUGGGGACUGAAGUCCCUCACCAAGAUCAACAUCCGUGCUAACAACAUCAGAGGUGAAAUCCCAGCUUCGAUUUCCCACUGCACAUCACUUACAUCCGUUGAUUUCAGUCAAAACAGCCUCAGUGGGGAGAUUCCUAAGAAGAUUGCCAAACUGAACGAUUUGAGCUUUCUUGAUCUCUCUCGAAAUCAACUCACUGGUCAACUACCAGGUGAAAUUGGAUACAUGAGAAGCCUUACAUCCCUUAAUCUCUCAUACAACAAUUUAUUUGGCAGGAUCCCUUCUGCCGGCCAAUUCCUGGCGUUCAAUGACAGUUCAUUUCUCGGAAAUCCAAAUCUCUGUGCAGCGAGAAAUAAUACUUGCUCCUUCGGUGAUCAUGGCCAUAGGGGGGGGUCUUUUAGUACUUCAAAGCUAAUAAUCACUGUCAUUGCACUCGUCACUGUUUUGCUGUUAAUAGUUGUGACGGUUUACAGAUUGAGAAAGAAGAGGCUGCAGAAAUCACGGGCCUGGAAGCUCACUGCAUUCCAAAGGCUCGACUUCAAGGCAGAGGACGUGCUUGAGUGCUUGAAAGAGGAAAACAUUAUAGGCAAAGGUGGUGCUGGUAUUGUCUACCGUGGGUCAAUGCCAGAGGGUGUUGAUCAUGUAGCUAUCAAACGACUUGUUGGUCGAGGCAGCGGAAGAAGUGAUCAUGGCUUCUCGGCUGAGAUUCAAACUCUUGGAAGAAUCAGGCACCGAAAUAUUGUAAGGCUGUUGGGGUACGUAUCGAAUAAGGAUACCAACUUGCUAUUGUAUGAAUACAUGCCUAAUGGAAGCUUAGGGGAGCUUUUGCAUGGUUCAAAGGGAGGCCAUUUGCAGUGGGAGACUAGAUACAGAAUUGCUGUGGAGGCUGCUAAGGGACUCUGUUAUCUUCACCACGAUUGCUCGCCUUUGAUUAUACAUAGGGAUGUUAAGUCCAAUAACAUAUUACUUGAUUCCGAUUUUGAGGCUCAUGUUGCUGAUUUUGGUCUCGCUAAGUUCUUACAAGAUGCAGGCUCAUCAGAGUGCAUGUCCUCCGUUGCUGGCUCCUAUGGUUACAUUGCUCCAGAGUACGCAUACACACUGAAAGUGGACGAAAAGAGUGAUGUUUACAGUUUUGGUGUUGUGCUGCUGGAGCUGAUAGCAGGGAGAAAGCCAGUCGGGGAGUUUGGAGAUGGGGUGGACAUCGUGAGGUGGGUCAGGAAGACCACAUCAGAACUCUCUCAGCCAUCUGAUGCAGCUACAGUCUUGGCAGUUGUGGACCCCAGGCUUAGUGGGUACCCACUUGCAGGUGUCAUUCACUUGUUUAAGAUAGCUAUGCUGUGUGUUAAAGAUGAGAGCUCAGCCAGGCCCACCAUGAGGGAAGUUGUUCACAUGCUCACCAAUCCUCCACAAUCUGCCCCCAGCCUACUCGCCCUUUAGACUUAUCUUGAUGCGCAUGCGCUCGACUCUUGACUAAUGUUUCUGGACGAAUAAAAGCAUAUAACCAAUUUGUAAUAAUUUUGUGGCGAAAUGGUCGGUAACACGGAUUUCGCUGGUGUAAAAAUGUCAUGUUAUGUGUUGGUGUUAGCUGAUUUUCUA